AUGGGAAAUUGGUCUUUGCUUGGCCGCCUAAGGAGGGUCAUGAGGAAGGUUAAACUGUUGCUGAAUUUUGGUACAAAUCGAUGUCGUGUCGCUUCCAUGAUUGGUGAUGCUUCUCGGAGGCUGAGCUUCAUGGAUAGGUCGGGGUUGAGCACGUAUGUGGACAACGUCCAUGAUUUGGGUCGUUGUUCGAAUAGGAUGGUGCGGACGGUGAGUUAUCGAUCGGAAGAUGAUAUCGAUGUGAGAGCGGAGAUGUUCAUCGCAAAUUUUCAUAGACAACUUCGGAUGGAGAGGCAGGUCUCUUUGCAGUUCAAAUACCUUGGUGGCUACACUUCUCCCUGA